GGAGGCCAAGUGGGCGGUGGCGGGGCAGGAGGCGGUGGCCGCCGGGAGGGGGCCGGGCCGCAGCGACGCGGUUCCUGUCGCCGUGACAUGGGUUCCCCCUCGAUGGCGGUUGCCGCGGGAGGCCUCAGAUAGCCGGCCGCGUCCCCUCUCCCCUUCCCUCCCUUACCCCCCCCCCCCCCCGCCCGCCCGCCGCCAUGCCCGCCCGGGCCCCGCCGCCCCCCGCGCAGCCCGCAGAAAUACAUUAACUUUGAAGUGGAACUAAACAAUGGAACCAGACAUUAUUCGAAUGUACUCCUCAUCCCCUCCACCACUAGACAAUGGAGCCGAUGAUGAUGAUGAAGAUGAAUUUGGAGAAUUUGGAGGAUUUUCUGGUGUAAGCACUGCUGGUGUGGCUUUUGCUGAUUUUGACACACCAGACUACAGUCAUCCAAAGGAAGAGUUUAUACCCACAAAUCAUUUCAUCCCACUUCAUGAUUAUUCUGACAAUGUAGCUAGCAUUGCAACUUUCACUUCUGUUAAAAAUGUUAAAGAUAAAGACUGCAUUGCAGAGCUUCCUGCUCUUACUAAGGAACUUUCUGAUAUGUCAGCUACUAGUACCAGCAAAGAAAAAUCUAAGUUUAGAACUUCAGGUACCACUUUAGAAGAUGUAAACAAAAGAGCGGAACAAAGAGACAACACUGGGAAAUCGGAGUGUCUUUCUUCUCGUGUUGCUAGAACUGGUAUAGUAGUUGAGAGCCAGGAUGAGCAAAUAGACGCUUGUAAUGGUGAGAAACUUCCGUGUCUAGAGAUUCUAACAAAUGGAUUUGCAGCAUCAGACCCUGUAAAUCCUCAGGGAACAGAAGAUCUAGACAGUAUUGGUGACUCAAAGGGACUGAAAAUUGCUAGCACCCAUAGUACUGAGCAAAAUUUGAACUCAAUGCCUAGCUCAGGUGAAGACUUUGCAGAUUUUGCUACAUUCUCAAACAAAAACCCAAUCCAUUUAGAGGGAACAGGACCUACAAUAUGCACUGUUCUUAAUGAAAGAGACUCUCUGAGCGUUCAGGAGAACAACAGAAUAAACGGAGUAACUCGUAUUGAAGAAGAGGCUUGCAUUUUAGAAAUUAGUUGUGAACAGGGUCCCUCAGCACUGGAAGAUAAUGAAUCUGCAAUUUCUAGUACGUCUCAAACAACUGGAAGUUCAAUAUGCACUACUGAAAAUGGAGACCACAGUGGGAGGAGAAGACAACAUGGCAUAGAGAAUGGCAAAGAUUUUACUAGACCUGAUGACUCAUUGGGAACAGAGGACAUCAAGGCUGAUAAGAUCCAAAGCCUAAGGUGUGAUCUUGCAGGAGAAAAAUUGGGUGAUUCUGAAGAUCUUAAGAAUGGUGGAAAUAGUACUGAAGUUGUAGCUUGCAGUGACACACAUGAUGAUGAUUUUGGUGAUUUUGGUUCAGUCAGCAGUGCAUCUCCCACCUUCAUUAAUGCUCAAGAAUCAGUAAAUGCUCUAGAUUUAGAGGGAUCUUCCAAACAGCCCACACAUAUUAGCAAACCUAAUGAUGAAUUUGGUGAAUUCAGGGACAAAAGUACUGUUUCUCAGCAGCCAGCAAGGUUGGAUCAGGCCGAACUAAAUCAGACUGCUGACAAUUUAGAAUGUGAUACUACCAGUAAAACUUCUGGCUUAGACUUCCAGCAUACUACUGAGGUAGAAAAUGGUGAUGAUAGUGAAUUUGGAGACUUUGAUUCAGUGCCAAAACCUCAAGAUGAGAGUGUUGCUUUUCAGGACUCCGAUGACUUUGCGGACUUCAGUUCAGCAGGUUGUAACCAGGCUACAGACUGGAAUGCUUUUGAAGAUGAACAAAAAGACAGCUGUUCUUGGGCUGCCUUUGGAGAUGAGCAAGCUGGUGAAUCUCAUCAUAGAAAAGAGACGUGGCAGUCACAUAGGACAGAUGCAUCUGCCAGGAUUGAUGGUCCAGUAUUACCCAAGACUGACAAUUUUGCUUUAGCAUCUUUCCAAGGAACUACCAGUAAGCAAUCUCAAGAGCCAGCACCUUCGGUUCAGACAACAUUGCUAAGUCGUCUGGAACGAAUAUUUGAAGUCUGUUUUCCUUCCAUACCUGUUCUUGAAAUUGAAGAAGAAAUAAGUUCCUUGAAUCAUUUGUUGGAAGCAGGUGAAAAGCAGAUGACAACUGAGGAGACCUUAGCAAAUACUGGGGAACUGAUGGAUGUGUGGACAGAGCUGCAGGAUAUCCAUGAUGCGUAUGGACUGAGAUACCAGUGGGGUGGCUCCCACAGCAACAAAAAGCUUUUGUGCUCCUUGGGAAUCGACACAAGAAAUAUUCUCUUUACAGGCAACAAGAAACAGCCUGUUAUAGUACCCAUGUAUGCAGCAGGACUGGGUAUGUUAGAGCCUACCAAGGAACCUUUGAAACCAAUAUCUGCAGCAGAAAAAAUAGCUUCAAUAGGACAGACACCUCCUGUAUCACCAGAGAUGAACACAUGUACAUCUGAUCAGUUCCAGGAAUCUCUACCACCUGUCCAGUUUGACUGGAGUAGCAGUGGCCUUACUAACCCUUUAGAUGUGUGUGUCUUACCCCUUUUUACACAUAAACCCUCCCUUGGCUUACCUUCUAUAUGGCUGCCUACCAACACGGUCACUGAAUUUCAAGCUAGUGGAGGUUCCACUCUUCUGAACCUUGAUUUCUUUGGGCCCGUGGAUGACAGUAGCUCUAGCAGCACCACCACAAUCCCAGGUGUGGAUCCUGAGUUGUAUGAACUGACAACCUCAAAACUGGAAACUUCCAAUGCAAGCAACAGAGUGACUGAUGCAUUUGCAAGACUCAUGUCCACAGUGGAGAAGGCAAGCACGUCCACAAGGAAGCCUAAAAAGGAAGAACAUCUUAGUGAAGAGGCUGCCAAGGUGAUUUCUAGCCUUCCUGACUUAACUUUCAUGCAUGCCAAGGUGUUGAUGUUCCCAGCUACAUUAACACCUUCAACAAGCUGCCAAGAAAAGGUAGACUAAAGUGAUGUGAAUUGGACAUUUUCUAUUGAUUUUUUUUUUUCCUUCCCUCUGUGGGUCGUAAAAAGCAAUCUUGCUUUAAUUAAAAAAAAAUCAAGUUCAGAUGAUUUGUUGGUAAGCAGCACUAGAAAGGUAUACAUAGUAAUGUAUAUUUAUUUACAUACUGGAGUCCUAAAUUUAUAUUAGAGAAAAAUGUAAAUAAUUGGGGGUAAAUCUUUUUGAAGAUCUAUUCUUUUUGUUGUGCUGGGGUGUAUACAUUUAUGUCUUUGUGAAAUACACUGGUGGUGUCCUUCUUACAAAAUUUUAAAAAGUUAAAAAAAAAAAAAUCUUACAAAUACAUAAUGAAAACUUCAAUCUUUACAAUCUGUGAAGUCCCCCUUAAAGGUUUUCAGAUUGCAUUGAGCAUCUUUUUCUUUCCUGCAUAUAUUAAAAUACUUAUUGCUGGGAAAAAGACCAAAAGGUUACAUUGUCCCUUUGUGGAUUUUCAGUUAUUGUUGUUUCUUUAAAACCCAAUAAUUUCUUUUGUGUUUUAACAAGCAUAAGAUGUGUUUUUCCUUUUCUUCUUUUCCAUCCCCUCCCCCUGUUUGAUUGGUUGACUGAUCAAUUUUUAUGUUCUUCAACUUCAAUAGUAUGGCUCUGUCACUAUAUAGCCUUUUGAAAGGUAUGCUGUCUGUAACUUCUUGUUCCAGUUAUGGAUCACUGUCUAAACACUUGAUUUUUUGGGUCAUUAGAAAGUUGUCUGCUUUUAAUCAGUUUGAUUUGGAAAAGAAGGACCAAAACUAUAUGAAUGUCUUACAAUGAAAUUUACCUGUUAAAAAUUUUUAUGUUCUGUUGUACCACUAUUCCUGUUUGAUUUUGCACAGUGUAAAAUGACAUAAUCAUAGAUUGCUAUGGUUUUAGGCUGUAUAUACAGUAAAAAACUAUGGGUUGUAAAUGUUUGGGGAAAUUCCUAUGGAAAAAAGAGAGCUAUGUAGAAGAACCUCUAAAAAGGUCAAUGUGCAUGCCCAAGGUCUUUUGAGAUUUAAGUGUGUAAAUUUCCUUUUAGCUUACACAAAAUAAAAUAAUUUAAAAGAUA